AUGGAUUGAGGUUUUCCAAAGCUCUACAACAUAAACCAGCCUCACAAUGCCUUCAUUGGUCUGUUUAUUCCUCUUCUCACUCUUUGUUUGCAUUGCUCAAGCUCAAGUUCCUGCAAAUCAAACCUUCAAGUUCGUUAAUGAAGGAGAAUUCGGCCCUUACAUUGUCGAAUACGAUGGAGACUAUCGUAUGCUUGAUCUCUUUGCCUCACCUCAUCAACUUGCCUUCUACAACACCACCCCAAAUGCCUUCACCCUCGCUCUACGCAUGGGCUUGCGCCGUUCGGAGUCGCUUUUCCGAUGGGUUUGGGAGGCCAACCGAGGAAACCCGGUUGGCGAAAAUGCCACACUCACUUUUGGGCAGGACGGAAACCUCGUCUUGGCCGAUGCUGAUGGCCGAGUGGCUUGGCAAACGAACACCGCGAACAAAGGUGUUGUAGGCCUCAGGUUGCUUUCAACCGGAAACAUGGUCCUUCACAACUCGAAGGGUGAUUUUGUUUGGGAAAGCUUCGACUACCCAACAGACACUUUGUUGGUGGGUCAAUCUCUGAAGGCCGGAAAAGUGAGCAAGCUCGUGAGCCGGGCCUCGGACACAGAAAACAAAGAUGGGGCAUACAGCUUGGUGAUGGAGCCGAAAGGAUUGGUUUUGUACUACCAGAGCAAGAACACACCGAAGCCGUUACUCUACUACAGAUUCACCGAAAGGAACUUCAAUGUAAAGCGUCCGAUAGAUCAAGUGAUAUUGCAGUGCGAGCCGACCACAGAUGAGGGUUAUGCUUAUGAGAUUACUGUGCGGUAUCUACUCAACAAUUCUCAGGUAGGGGGAAUCCUUCCGGUUAGGCCCAAAUACAAUAGCACAUUGACAUUCCUGAGGCUCGGAAUCGAUGGAAAUAUUAGGCUUUACACUUAUAGUGACAAGGUAGACUGGGGUGCUUGGGAGACGACCUUCACUCUUUUCGACUCAGAUAACUACUGGUGGGAAGGGGAGUGCCAGUUGCCGGAGAAAUGUAGGGGCUUUGGCCUUUGCGAGGACAGCCAAUGCGUUGCUUGCCCCUCAUCGAAGGGACUAUUGGGUUGGAGCAAGACUUGUGAGCCCCAGAAGCUUCCUUCCUGUGAUGCAAAGAGCUUCCAUUACUACAAACUUGAUGGGGUUGAUCAUUUCUUGAGCAAGUAUACCAGUGGAUCGGCUACAAAGGAGGACGAUUGUGGUAGCAAGUGUACUUCGGAUUGCAAGUGUUUGGGUUACUUUUACAAUAGGGAUUCAUCAAGGUGUUGGAUAGCUUAUGAUUUGAAAACCUUGACCAAAGUUGCCAAUUCUACUCAUGUGGCUUACAUCAAGGCACCUAAUUAAUCACUAGUAUCAUCUGGCAUGGGCACCUAAAUUGUAAUCAGCUGACAGCUGGGCUUUUUACCGUUUUUAUUUUGGCUGGGAAUCCCGGGAUUUAUAAUGUGGUUGGAUUAAAUAAGGCAGUUUGUUAAUCGGGCAUUAAGAGCGCUGCUGGUAUUUUCACGUGAUGGUCUCUUAUUUGUUUGACAAUUGAUAUAAAGACUACGGUCACAUGGUAUUAUGAAAUC